CCCGGGCUUUUUGGUAUGGAUGUAACAGCGUGGGAACUCGAACAAAUAAUCGGUUCGGCUUCAAGUGAAAAGGUCAAAUAUGGAAAGCGGAAAGCCGAAUACAGUCCUUUAGAGGAAAAGAACAAACGUUUAAAAGCUGAGAACUCGGUUUCAAACCAUGAAAAAGUUGUCGAAACUCCAGCUACAAAGUCUGCUAUUGAAGAGCGCAAGCCUGCAACAAAUGAUUUAAUAAAUCCUGUCAUUUAUAAAGAAAUACAAGGCAUUUUAGAACAUCGUAAUAAAUGCACAUUGAAAAUCCACGGACUCCCUGCCAAGACAACCAUAAAUGAAUUGGAAAAACUGGCUCCGGAAGCAAAAGCCUAUCGUUUACCAUGGAUAACUCGUCUUUACCGAUGCCAUGGAUUCGCCUUCCUGGAGUUCGAAUCAGAGGAACAAGCCUUGAUGCAUAAAGAAAAACUCCACAAAAAACUUUAUGGGAACAAAACUUUAUUCGCCAGUGUUGGGAAGUUCAUCUCAGAAUGUAUUGAUGACUAUGAUUGCAAAAUGCUUGUCCUUUAUGGAGUAAAUUACAAUGUUAAGAAAGGUGAAAUAGCAAGAAAAUUUCCUUCUUCCACUAAUAUAUCACUCGAUAAAACUAGUCACUUAAAUGCUAGACAUAAACCUGGCGUCGCUUACUUGACUUUUGCAUCAGAAGAAGAUGCUGUGAAUGCCAUUAAAUGUAGGCAAGGUUGCUUAUUGAGAGGUCGAAAAGUAUCCGUUCUUUUCCACACAAAACAACAAGAAAAAAGUAAGAAUUGUCUUUUAGUUCGUGGCUUAAGUAAAAAGGUGAAUAAAGACGAUCUUCUGGCUGUAUUUCCUCAAGCAUCAACGGUUCAUAUUAAUCACUUUCGCGGUGAAGCUCGAAUUAUGUAUGAUUUAGAGGAGGAUUGUCUUUUGGACCAAAAACAAGCAAAAGAUGUGUCGAUCGGUGGUCGGAAAAUCCAGGUUUUUUCGAUUUCUGUUAAAAAAAAGGAUACAUCCCAUUCAUUACCUAAAACUGGACAGUCCGGAAUUUCUAACGCAGAUAAGGAUGUGCCAUCAAGUAUAGUAAUAGAUAGAUCUACUCUGCCUUUAUGUGAAGAAACCAUGUUUAAGUUAUUUCCAAAAGCAAUUGACUUCUGCAUACCCUCACAGUCAGUUUCUCAAAAUAGUGUGGCGUGUGUUAAAUUCGCCACUUUAUCACAAGCUAAAAGAGCGAUCAAAUCAUUAGAUGGCAAAUCAAUGCGAGCUAGAAUAGCCAAUCCGAAAAGAAUGAGACUUCUUGGCAUUUCUAAAACGUUUACUACAGAGAAAAAGGAUGGAACUAAUAUACCUCUUUUUCCUACUAAGGUCGAUCAUAAUAAAACUAGUCAGGAAGUCAAACGAAACAAGAAACAUCACAGAUCUAAAGCUAGAUUUCCGAGUAAACAUGUAAAUUUCUAAAUAAAUAUAAUACUACAAUUAAACUCGUCUUCUGAUUAAUUUUGUGAUCAAAAUAUUUGAUACAGUAUUUAUGUCAUCAAUCCAAUUUUGAAUAAUAUCUACAUAAUUUUUAUUAUUACCAUAAAAAACUAAUAUACAAGGGCAAUUUGUGACUGACUAGUUUUAAAAAUAAUUCCUAAGUCUGAAACCACUAGGAAUUUAUUGCUAUCAGACUUCAACAUUUUCAUGAAAUCACGAAAAAAUAAAUUAAAAACAUGAAAUAUCGACAUCGUUUCAUACAUACGUCACUAGUAAAAUUAGCUGAACCUACCAGCGUGUAAAGAAAUCGUCAGCAAACAUUCCUUCUCUUUCCACUUCAUAACAACAAUCAAAUUAAUAUCCCACAAAAAUAUAUCGCAAAAUUCCUAAAACCAUUGACAAAACUUCCCUACCCUAUGUGAGCUAUCGCACAUGUCUAUAGAGAUAUAUGUAGUUUUCGUUUCGGACGAUAG